CAUAUCCAUUCUCCAUUCAUAUGGAAGAAUCAAUCCCUUAUUUUGGACAUCGUUUUGAACAAAUACAAAGCCCUUAUGUUCGACAUCCUUUAGAACAAACACAAGAAGAGCAUAAGUACUAAUUAUAUGCAUCGAUUACUAAUGUUUCUAACUUUGUCUCUGUGAAGCUUUCCAGUGCCCGCAAUUACCAUCUUUGGCAGACACAGAUGCUUUGCCUCCUGGAGACUUACAAUCUGCAUUGCAUUGUAGAUCUAACAACUACCCGUUCAAGAGCUUUAAGUCCGGAGAUGGAGAAACAAUAUAACAGUCUUGUCAAAGGUUGGAUCUUUGCUUCAAUCAGUGAAGAGCUACUUGGCACGGUUGUCAAUCUUGACUCCGCCAAAGCAGUUUGGGAUAAACUGAAAUCGUUCUACGAUCCAGUUUUGAUAAGUUCUCAACAAGCUCAAACGAAUAAGGAAGCAGAAACAGACACAGAGACAGAAACUAGAGGCCUAGAUAAAGGUGAAAUACCUUUGGAUAGAGCUUAUGAAUAUUUGUUGAAAGUCGACAAAGGUGCUCGUAUACCAAAGAGAAGGUCUGCUCCUUCAGAGGGUUCUUUUCACCGUAGUGGAAAAUUUGGCGACAUCCUUCUUGUAAAUGCUAUUUAUGCAAAGAAUUUUGCCCUCAUAACGACACAACUUGCCAUUACAUCGAUUCAAUUCUUCUUAACACCGUUUCUUCUUGCGACGGCUCGCCUCCUAUAUAAACACCUUCCUUUGGUGUGCCGUCUACGGUGCAUUAAAAAGUUUCCAAGAACAAAAUAUUGCUCAACAUUUGAAGGACAACGACGCCCUGGAUCGGCACACUUGUUUGGAAGGCACUUUGGUUUCUUAGUCACUACAAGAAUAAUCGGCAUUAGCGGCGACGCUUUUAGCGGCGACAGCCACCUUUAGCAACGACACAUAAUUUUCGUGUUAUGUGUCGCCGCUAAUGCCCAUCGACCCCGAUCUGCGUCGAAAUAUGAGGUGAAACCUUAACUCCUUCUUCCUCCUUCAACUCCUUCUUCCUCCAUCAGCUCCUUCUUCCCCCUUCUCUUUUCUAUGAACUCAUUUAUAUGUAGAAUUUGUCUUUUG